UAUUCGCCAAGUUCUCAGGAAUUCAGCAUUGCGGGAACCAAAGCAUCCACCUCACCUCGGCGGGCGAAACCUUACGCAACUCGCAGUGCCGCGCGCCUCUUUCUCUGUAGUUCUACCCGCUCCUCCACCUAUCGUUGCCCUGCUUCUAUCCUCUCCUUGCCUCUCUCGCGCCCACCACCUGUUCGACCCAGCUCCCCAUCCUCCGCCCGCCCGGCCGCCGCAUCCCCCAAUGACGACCGCCACCGCGUCCGUGGCGCCGCCCUCCACCUCCACCUCCUCGGUCCUCCUCCGUCGCCGCCUCCCCUCCCCGGCGCCGGCGUCCGCCUUCGCCCGCCGCCUCGGCCCGCCCCGCCGCGCGCGCCUCCUCAUCCAGGUCACCCUCGCCAGCGAGGUGUCCUCGGACGACGUGGCCGCCGAGGAGGCCGCGGCCGCGCCCAAGAUCGGCAGGCGCGUGCGCGUCACGGCGCCGCUCCGCGUCUACCACGUCGUCAAGGCGCCCGACCUGGACAUCCAGGGCAUGGAGGGCGUCGUCAAGCAGUACGUGGGCGUCUGGAAGGGCAAGCGCAUCACGGCCAACCUCCCCUUCAAGGUCGAGUUCCACCUCACCGUCGAGGGACAGCCCAAGCCCGUCCGGUUCUUCGUCCACCUCCGCGAGGACGAGUUCGAGUUCGUCGGCGACGAAUGAUCGAGGAGUGCGCGCCUGUGGACAAGUAAGCGGACCGCCGUUCUUAUAGAAUAACCAUGGCCGCGGUGGUGGCGUAUGUAUAUUGUUCCGGCCUGCAGUGACAGGGGUGCAACAGGGUAGGAACUUGGAAGGCAUGGCAAGUAAGUUGAUUGCUUGCUUGCUGUUAUGCUGCUCUUCCUCCUCCUUCGGUUCAACAUCUAUUUUGUCAGAUGAGCGGAAUUGUUCGGAUGAUGAUGAUUGAUAGUUGUAAUGGUGAUAAUUUUGUUGCUGCUUAUUUGAUAUGCUUGGUGCUUAGUUAUUUUGCUGAUUA